AUGGCGUCUGCUUCUGUUCGUCUCCAGCGGAGUCUGGUGUUGCCGACUGGGCGACACAGCGCCUCUCUGAUCUUCCUGCAUGGUUCAGGUGACUCUGGACAAGGAUUGAGAAAAUGGAUCAAGCAGGUUUUAACUCAAGAUUUAGCAUUCCAACACAUAAAAAUCAUUUAUCCAACAGCUCCUUCCAGGCCGUAUACUCCUCUGAAAGGAGGAAUCUCCAACGUAUGGUUUGACAGAUUGAAGAUCUCUAAUGACUGCCCAGAACACCUUGAAUCAAUUGAUGGAAUGUGCCGAUUGCUUGCAGAUCUGAUUGACGAUGAAGUAAAAAGCGGCAUCAGUAAAAACAGGAUAUUAGUAGUGUCUAUUACAAUGCAAGUUAAGUUUUUGAAAAACAUUAAGCGUUUCUCCUAA